AUGGGCGUUCCCCGCCCGGGCCGAGGGCUCCUGGCCCCCCUGGCGCUCGUGCUGCUCCUGGGCGGGGUGUGCGCCGAUGAGCUGGACGACCUCAUCGACAGCGUGGAGGCCGUCGUGAAUCUGAUCGCCGAGGACGCCAGCGCGGCGUUCGCGGGCCGCUCCGAGGCCGCGAAGGCCUGCGAGUGCUCGCGACACGCCUGCGGCGGGGAGUUCGACGCCAGCGACGAAUGCCACGAGGAGCUGGGGGACGCAGAGCUGUGCGGCGAGUGCACGGGGCAGAAGCUUGACUUCAGCCAAAGCUUCGUUUUGACGUCACCUGCAACAGACACAGAGAAUAUGGCUGCUGAUGUGAAGGAUUCCAUUUGCACAUUCCGGGGCCUGGAUGAAACAUUUGCCAGUGCAAAAGACCAGUUUGGCACGCGGGCGUGGUCAUAUGUUGCAACAAACAAUGGCGUUAUGAGGAGUUGGCCUGGCCAUGCUCACGAACGAGGAGACGACGUGGAUGCAGAGGAGGCGGACGAGCGACUGGGCAACUGCAAGAAAUACGACCCGAGGUUUCGCCCGUGGUACACUGCAGCCAGCAGUGGUCCAAAGGAUGUCGUGCUGCUUGUGGACACAUCAGAGAGCAUGCUCACUCCAGAUGCAGGGGAGGAUGGGAAGCUGACCACCCGCUGGGAAGUCGCCAAGAAUGCCAUUACCAGCCUGCUGGGCACCUUUAGUGCUUCGGACUAUAUCAAUCUUGUGGAAUUCAAUGCCAAGGCCAAGGCUCUUGUCCCAGACAAGCUGCUGGUGGGAACCGAGGAGAAUAUUGCUAUGCUGAGGGAGGAGGUGGAGAGCGUGGACCCAGAGGGAGACCCCGACUUUGCACUAGGCAUGGAGCUGGCAUUCGAUCUGCUGAUCGGUGCAGCAGAAAAGUUUGAGGAAGGGGAGGAGCUGAGCAGCUCUAACUGUCAAAAGAUCAUUCUUUUCAUCACGGAUGGCGAGGAUUGCACAACAAGAGGGACGCCCUGCUCCAGAGAAACACCGGAAGGCACAACACCAGUGGAUGCAGUCGUCAAUUUCAUCGAGGAGAAACAGCAGGAGCUGGAGGAAGCAGGCAGUCAACGAGCGCACAUAUUCUCCUUUUCUUUUGGGCACGAUGCUGAUGACGAGAUUCCGAAGGAGAUGGCCUGUGCCAACGAAGGAGUGUGGGGGCAAAUUCUGCCCGACGACGACCCCCUGUUCAGGAUGCACGCCUACACCUCCUACCUUGCGUCCCAGAGGGGCGGCGCGGGCGUCAUAUGGUCGCGCGCCUAUGAGGACGCCUUCGGCCUGGGGAACGUCAUUACCGCCGCGAGGCCCAUCUUCAGCCCCCAGACGUCCCUUGGGGCCAACGGCUCCUUCGUGGGCGUGGUGGGGCACGACAUACGGCUGGACGACGUGCAGGCCGUGGCGCCCGAGUUCCUCUCCGUCAUCCGGCGGUGGAUACUGCGCGGCAUACAGUGCAUCGACACCGAGUUCACCGGAUGCGAGCUGCAGCUGCUGCGAGGCGAGGAAAGUCAGUGCCCGGAGAUCCUGGACGACGCGGACUGCUACUACUUCGAGCCCGCCGACAAAUACUACACAAAAAAUUCGGACUUGCUGAGCUUUGACGAUGCGGAGGAGGCCUGCUCCAGCAUGGGCGGCUCCCUCGCCGACUUCGACGACCCACAGGAGAGGGAUAUCGUGUCCGCCCUGGCCUCCAACGCGGGGUCCUGGAUCGGCCUUGUCUUUGACGAAGAUGCCGGGGAGUGGCGUUGGCGGGACGGCGAGGUGGUUUCUCCGAAUUCCACGAUUUGGGUCUUCCGGAGUCUCCGCAAGGAGUCCAACGAGGGCAAGAUGUGCGCCAGCAUGGACCGCCGCGGUGUGCAGCACAACGUGCACCCUGAGGACUGCUCCCUCCCCUCCUCCAGCAUCUGUGAGUUCUCUCCUUCGGACAUCCCCAAAGUAUGCGAGGAUGACAAGAAGCUGAUCAGGGUGGACAGCAAUCACGAAUACAAAGUGCGCCCACUGUCAACUUGCCGGUCAGUGGAGGAGAGCAGGUUGGGCGUCACAGCAGUCAGCCCAGCGGCGGAAUCUCUCACAGAAGAACAGACGAUCUGCCCCAUGGGCGAUCCCAAGACCACCUUCGAGGCACGGUGCUGCGACGACUGCCAGGCAUAG